UUUAAUUUUUUUUUUUUUUUUUCUCUUGUCCAACAAGUGGAUUAUCAUCAAGACACGUGCUUCGAAGAUUCCUCUUGUCGGUUCAUCAGUGACUCAUUUCACGCCCUAAAGGAUUAACAUUGCUUUCAAAUUGAUCAAUUGAAGGGAAGAAGAAGAUACGAUGGGUUGAAGAUUUAAAUAAAUGCCCGUGGGGUCGUCUGAUGCCAUUUUUCCCUAUCCAUUAAUUCUACAAAAACGCAUACAUCAACCUAUCUCCACAGCUCGCCAUUACUAUUACCCAACAACAACCAUCACCCCAUCCCUACAUUCAAUUUAGAACCCUUUUCCCUGCUUCGUUUCUUUUUUUAUAUAUAUACCCUGCCUUCCCCCUACAGUUCCAUUUCAAUCCAUCUAGCUCAGUCAUCUCCUCUCUCCACCUUUGAUAUAUGGUGUUGCGUAUAACACUCUCUUCUCGAUAUCCUUCUCUGUAUAUCCCUUGCAUUGGUGAAAUACAGUUGAAAUGGCCUCAUCAUUUGUUACCCGUAGCUCCAGCACUUUGGAGUCCUUAGCGCAUUCGCGCCCAAAGGUCGACAUUCAGCUCGUCGGACAGACUGAGGGUAUUGUUAACUCAUAUACGACCAAAGAUCGCAUCGAAGGAACGGCAAUCGUCACGGUAGACCGUGACACACGGUUUGAUGAUGUUGAAAUCACCUUUGAGGGAACAUCAAGAACUUCCGUGGAGCGUGUCGCGAUGCCGGGACGGACAGGCGCAUACCAGACAUUCCUUCGACUUCGUCAACCAAUUGAGGACGCUGCCUAUCCCAUGCCCCGUGUACUCGAGGCCGGCCGCACUUACAAGUUUCCCUUCACAUUCGUCGUACCGGACCGUCUGCUUCCACAUGUCUGUAGCCAUGCAAAGACCAACAUCCACGUCGAACGCUCCCACACCCUGCUACCACCUACUCUGGGUGAUCCCAUGUUAGCCAAUGAUGGCAAGACGCUCUUGAAUGACCUAGCCCCCGAUAUGUGCCGGAUAUCCUAUUUGGUCCGUGUCACCGUGCAACGCAGACCGGAGAAUUCCUCGCCAAAGACCUUGGCUUCAGUGGGCAAAAAAGUGCGGAUCAUUCCUGCUGUCGACGAGGAACCCCCUCUGAAUAUCACGGACGAUGAGACCUACUGCAUCCGGAAGGAGAAAGACGUCAAGCGCGGCUUCAUGAGAGGCAAGUUGGGCCGGCUAGUCGUAGCCUCGUCGCAGCCCAAGCCUGUGCAACUGUGUCCCCCAAACAGUGAGGGCCACGAUUCGGUGAACACUGUGACGACAGUGCACCUGCGAUUCGAUCCGGCCGGCAAUGAGGAACCUCCUCGCCUCGGGACGAUCUGGAGUAAGCUGCGGGUGUCCAGCCUGUUCGGCGCAGAGCCAUGGGGGGAUUACCCUUCCCCUCGUAAUAUGCCCUGGGCCCAGAUUGGGCAAGGAUGCUACACUGAGACGGUUCCCCUUUCCACCAUGUGCGUGGCGUCUGCGCACUGGACGAAACAUACCAUUGAUAGGGGCCUCAGCCGCUGCGACUCGUUGGAGUCAACAUCGUCCACGGAAUCCAUGACUGGGCCCUCGGCGUCUUUCACCGGCGAGAUCUACUAUACCGCCUCGGUCGUCGUUCCCAUUACUCUUCCCAAGUCCAAAUCCUUCGUGCCCACAUUCCACUCGUGCCUAAUCUCCCGCAUCUAUUGUCUCGAACUCAGCAUUUCUUACCACACUCCAAAUACUAAUAUCCUGACUCCGACAACUUCACUAAAAAUUCCCAUCCAAUUGACCAGUCGGCCUCGGUCGGAUGCGAAAGCGAAAGAGCCCCAUGAGAUCACCCAACAUGAGGUCAAUGCCGAAUUUUUCUGUCCUCGUAGUGUCGCACCUCCCACACUGGCCCAGAUUGCGCCUCCCGAGUACUCCGAGAACCAAGGCCAACUUCUACCUCCCGACCGCUCCGUCGAUUUGAUGUCUACCUCCCGUUCCUCCAGGGCCAUUACCGGGAGUGUUGGGGCGGCUUGCUGAAGUUCUUUACGAGAUAUAAAAGUUUAUGUUUUACAUGGCGUUGGGAAGGUGCAUUUGGAUAUACCCGGCUUGUUUUGUUUAGCAUAAGAGUGUUCCUAAGCGCUAUGAUUAAUUCUCACCAGGGUCGACGAGCCAUGUUGGGAUAAUUUGUUUCUGGUCUUAACUUAGAUUAAUAUCAUUUAAUAUAAACUAUC